CAUUGCCUCUCUCGACCUCUCUCUACGUCAUGGCUCAAGCAUGCUCAACAGCUUUGGUUGAACGCUCUCUGCGCCUCCGGCUGGGCGUUAGGGUUCCUUGGGGUUUGUCGAUCCGGUCCGUCAGGAAGUACACAGAAGGAAUUUAAUGUUAUGUUUUUGUGAUGAAGUGUUCACCAAUGAGAAUGGGCCCAGAAAAAAGGGCUCUACUACGACGACACCUACUCCCCUAUACAGCUGCCAACCUUCUGGCAAUCGAGACUUUAUUGCAGUUCGAGCAGGUUGAUUGUGUAUUCUCUCUCACGGACAUCCGAGCAUCUCCAGCCAACAGGAUGACCCGCGCUGUCUUGUCCAUCCUGGUGAUCUUUGUGUGUCUUGCACCGAUGCUGGAGGUCAACAGCACACAGGAUGACUUCAAGAUGUUUAUUGAAGAUGUCGAAUUGUACAUCAAUUCCUUGAAGGAAGAAGAUUUGGAGAUGAUUGCCAACAUCCUCAUAGACAAGCAAAUUCGUAUAACGGACAAUAUAUUGAACCACAUACAAGACAUUGGGCCUGAGCUUGCGGAAGUCAAGAAGCUACUUGAAGCAAUGAUGGAGAUUAUCCCUGAACUAGAAGCUAAAUGGCUCAAGUCCCCUGAAGACUAUAAGCUUUUUAGGGAGUACAUCCACAAGGCAAUCAAGGGACUCAAAGUCUUCCAUGAAACCAUGGUGAUCAAAGAUGAAUUAUAAUCACACCUUCUUAACCUUAGCAUUAGUUGAUGAAUAAAGCAGCGAGGUUUCUCGCUGCUUUAUUUUUUGUUUUUGUGGUUGUAUCAUUAGCAUAGGGCUUAGUGCGAGUGUGUUCUUAUUCACUGAUGCGUCACACAGGAUGAUGGAGGCUGGAACCUGUUGGCCCGUGUCAGAAAGUGUCAGUCAGGGUCAGAUAGUUUAGGUUUCUGACUGCUUUAUUUGUUGUUUUUGUGGUUGUAUUAAGUUUAAAGUGAGUGCACACUUGUACAAAUGACAUGAUGUUUUUGGUUUGGGUCUUCCUUUUCACAAUACCUGUUCCGUCUGUGUUUGUAUACAGAUCUUGUAAACUCUCCUUAAUUACUGGUUAAUGUGCUUAUAAAAAAAUGUUUUUGUCUUA